AUAUGCGUUGUUAAGUGGAAUAUUUACAGACGCAAAUAAUCAAUUAACCCUCCAAAUUCCAUUGAUAAGUUUGGAUUGUAAACGAGCUAGGCAAUGUCCAAGAGCAACUCUCUGGUCAUAACAUGCAAAGGUAUAUAUAUACAUAUAAGCCCUAUAAUAUUUAUCUUUUAAUUGUGGAGUUGCAGAUGAUAUACUGCAUAUGUAUAUAUAGUUCAACCACUCAGUUUCUUUGAUCUUUUCGCCAUCUCAACGGUGGUGUGUUGGGGGAUGGGGGAGCCGGUGAAGGUGGAAGAGAUACAAGUAGAGCCACCAAAAUCAUGUGAAGUACGCGUCAAAACCCUGUAUGCCAGUGUGUGUCACACCGACAUCUUAUUAACAAAUGGCUUCCCAAUCCCUGCUUUCCCUCGAGUUUUAGGACAUGAAGGUGUUGGUGUAAUAGAGAGUGUGGGUGAGGAAGUAACAGAUCUCAAAGAAGGAGAUCUUGUCAUUCCAACCUUCAUUGGGGAGUGCCAAGACUGUGAGAAUUGUUUGUCAGGAAAAACCAACUUGUGCCUUAAAUACCCAGUACCCUUCAGUGGGCUUAUGCCUGAUGGCACUUCAAGAAUGUCUGCAAGAGGCGGCCAGGUGCUGUAUCACUCCUUUUCUUGCUCUACGUGGUCUGAGUACAUGGUUGUUGAUGCUAAUUACAUCCUCAAGCUUGAUCCAAGCAUAAUUGAUCUGCCCCAUGCUAGUUUUCUCUCAUGUGGAUUUUCAACUGGAUUUGGGGCUGCUUGGAAGGAAGUUGGGGUUGACAAAGGAUCGAGUGUUGCUGUUCUAGGUCUUGGUGCUGUUGGAUUAGGGGCAAUAGAAGGGGCCAGAAUGCAAGGGGCAGCAAAGAUAAUUGGCAUUGACAAAAAUGAGAGAAAAAAAACAAAGGGAGAAGCUUUUGGAAUGACUGAAUUUAUAAACCCAGAAAGACAUGGUCAUAAAACUAUUUCCGAGCUAGUUAAAGAAUUAACAGGUGGAAUGGGUGUGGAUUAUUGCUUUGAGUGCACAGGGGUUGCACCCUUGGUCAAUGAAGCUCUCCAAGCAACAAAAAUGUCUUUUGUUGAUGGUGAUAAGGGAAAAGGCCAAACAAUAGUAAUUGGAGAAGGAAAUCAUGCAACUGUGGAGAUCAAUUUCCUUUCCCUAGUGUUUGGUGGAAAUUUGAAGGGUUCCAUUUUUGGUGGGCUCAGAGUCAAAACUGACCUUCCUAUUAUAAUCGACAAAUGCAAAAAUAAGGAAAUCCAACUUGAUGAGCUUUUGACUCACGAAGUUAGAUUGGAAGAUAUAGAUACAGCAUUUGAGCAAUUGAAACAGCCUGAUUGUGUGAAGGUUCUUAUCAAGCUGUGUGAUUGAUCCUAGCCUUUGCUUGUACAAGGAUUGCAUAAUAUAAGAAAAAAGGGGUCAAGAAGAGACUUUAUUACCCGUGUGAGGAGAAAUGGCACCCAGAUCACAAAUGUAAGAGUCCUAUCAAUUAAUACGUUUUGAAAGAGUUUGAGGCACAAAGUACUAGAGGAGAAGAUACUUUCCCAACACUUUCAAUUUCUGCAGUUUCAGACAUGCAUAAAGAAGAUUAGGGAUAGAUUGGCAACUGAAGGGAGAAGUGAAGAUCAGGUGUUUCAUUUCUCAAUAUGCAUAAUCAUGCAUAAAGGAUGCCGAUCAUGCAUGUUCAUCAUGUUAAUUGGCUUUAGAGAGUUUGAGAAAAUAUUCAAGUUUUUCUCAAUAUGCUGCAUGUUGAUCAUGCUCAGGAUAUGAAAACACAUGAUGUUGAUAAGAA